UGCGCCUCUCUUUCGUCAAACCUAUGUGAAUGUCACGUCGCUUGUUCCGUUUUAAGUACCAGGCAAAUAUUUGAGACAAUUGUCAUAAACAAAGCCAAGCGCUCGCUGCACGCACUCGAAAGCCACAAAUUCAGCUUCAGUCGAAAACGCAACUUGUGGCAUCGAGUCUUUCGAGCUAUAAUUGCAGCUUAGGCUUGUGUUAUAAUAAAGUGUGCCUUAAAUUUUGAACAAUCGAAUGGAUGCACACGGUGCCAAACGAGCCGCUGAACCCAAUGCCUAUGAGCAGCUGGCCAAGAAGAUCUGGCGUCCCAACAUCACCGAUUCACAGCUGGGCAUGCCCGUUCACAUUGAUGAUUCGCCGCCGCCCGAUUCGGAGUCCCUCAUGGAGCCGAGUGCAGCGGCCACAUCUGGCUUUCUGAAUGAGGUGCUGAAUGCACUCUAUGGCGACACCACCGGCCACCCGGAGAACGGCAGCUUUAGCUAUCAUAAGGCAGCCGAGCAUUAUGCGCUGUCCGGUGACGAUUAUCAGCCGCAGACGCAGCCCUCGGCCCAGGCUCUACAGCAGAGCCAGUCAUAUGCAGCGGGUGGCGCACAGAAGUCGCAGCAGCCGCCGCCGCCCGGCUUCGAGCGUGGAGCCAAGGCACUCUACGAUCGCAAGCAGCCAACAGUCGUUGGGCACAGCACACGCUCUGGCGCCAGCUCUGCCUACAACCAGCUGCUGCCGGGACUGCCGCAUCAGCAGGGCUCGCAUGGAGGCAGCGAUCUUAGCGGUCGCGGGACCGGAGCACCGGGCGCCGCCUCCAUUAACGAACUGUCGCAGCUGUAUUUGCAGCUGCUGCAGCAGCAACUGCCGCAGCAGCAGGCACAGCAGCAGCAGCAUUUGGUUGCCGGCGCCUCGAACAACAUGUCCAUGCCCAUCUAUGGCAUGGCUUCGGGCAAUGCCAAUGACAUAACCCAGGUCUAUGCCCAGCUGCUGGCCGCCAAUUUGCGUCAGAAUGCCACACAGCAUCAUCAGCAGCAGCAGCUGCAGCAGCACCAGCAACAGCAGCAGCAACAGCAUCAUCACCAGCAGUUGCACCAGCAGCAGCAGCAGCAACAGCAGCAACAACAGCAGCAACAGCAGCAGCAGCAACAGUCAUCCAAUGCGGCAGCUGCCGCCAUACUCUACGAGGCGAUGCUGCAGCAACGCGCGCUGCAGCACCAUCAGUUGCAGCAACAGCAAUUGCAGCAGCAACAGGCGCAGCUGCAGCAGCAACAGCAGCAGCAGCAACAGGCCCAACAAAUGCCGCGCACUCCGCGUGGCAUCUACGGCGGCAACUUUUCGGCUGCUGGCAACAAGCCGCCAACGCCGGACAACAAAUAAUUUUAAAAAAACACACACUAUUUUACAAAAUUUUUGACAAUAUGCAACUGUCGCCAGUUUCUCUGGCAAAGCUCCAUUCGAUUAUUUUGCAAUUUUUUUUUGCUUGUCGGCCAACAAAUUAAUUUUACAAACUGAUUAGAAC